CCUCAACCAACCUGCUGUCGCAUUGAGCCUGCAAAUGCAAUAGUUUCUUGUGCAGUGUUUUUCUACUCAUUUGAUGGACAACAAUCUGUUAUGGACUCAGAGACUGAAGAAGAAGUUGAAGCUUUGAAAGCAAUAUACUGUAAAGAAGGGGAAUUCUUUGAAAAUAGAGAAACCUGGGUUAUACAAGUGAACUUUGACCUCAGAUCUCAGUGCAACAAACUUAACUUUGGUGGAAACACUGGUGUCAGUUUCUGCCUGAAGCCACAGCACAUCCCAGAAUGCACUGUGGUUUGUUCACUUCUCCCCAAGGUAAAACUUCAACAACUGCAGGACCAGCUACAAGCAAAGGCCCAGAGCCUGCAGGGUCAACCCAUGAUCAUGGAGCUUUGCUGCUUGGCUGAGGAACUGUUACGUAAAGAAGUUGAUGCUUUGGUGAAUCUGUGCUCCACAGAUCCAAAUAUGUUUUACCCCUGUCUUCAACCUGAUACAGAGAGUGAGUCUACCUCAGAACGUCAGCCUAACGCUACUCAUGGGCCUGAUGGUGUUACAUUGAGUAUGUGUCCUGAAAAUCAUCAAGCACAUUUUUCUUCUGUGAUCUCACACACCCAAGUCUGUCACCCAGAGGCUAGUCAGACUAAAUACCUGGGCUCAAGGACUUCCAACACCAGUGAUACACCUUCUAGACACCUACUUUUAAGUUCUAACAUUAAUAUCAGUCAUGUAAAGACUAAUGAAUCAUCUUUAAGGACUAACAACACUAGUCAUAUACAUGCUGUAGAAUUGUCCUCAAGUACCUCCCACAUUAUGACAGCUCUACUUCAGCUAGACCACAUGAGAAGUAAACAAAGCUAUGUAAAACUGAUUAAAAAAUGGACCACUGAGCUCUCUCUGACUGGCAGGCUAAUAUUUCUGCAUAAAAUUAUUCUGAUCCUAAUUCAAGGUGAUGCUAGUUGUAUAAAGGAUUAUAUAAUCCGCAAUAGGACGUGCAAUGUGGAUGUGGAUUCUAAGGGCAGGAGCUGCAAGGAAAAGAUGUUGUCAGUUCUGUGUGAACUACAGACUGAGAUAUCUAACAGAUUUCCUGAUUUCUGUAUUCUUGAAUUGGAAUCAGCUACAGAGUUACAAACCCUGUUCUACACAAGUUCACUUAAAGAAAUUUUUGAUGAGUUUCUGGGCAUGUUGGUUCACAUAAAAUAGAACUAUGUGUCAGGUUCUUCUGUCUAGGGGAUAAUCUAUGACAACAUAAGACUGUAUAGCACAAUACAAUAGACUCAACAAUACUAAUUGUGAUAAUAAAUAAUAAGUAUAAUGUUUUAAACAUAAAGAUAAAUAAUACAAGAAUUAUGAUACAACAAUACCCACACCACGUCUUCUCUUUGUCCACAAAUGCCAACCAACAGCCAAGCACUAACACAUCUGUCACUCAUCAACUGCCACACACUAACACAUGCUCUGUCACUCACCAACUGUCAGUGAAAACCUCUCAUCUUAAAACACAACAAACAAACCAAGACUACAACUAUCUACAUAAGUAGGUACCUUACACAUGACACGCACACACACAAACACAAUCAAGAAAGGUAUCAGUGAAGAACUUAACACUAAGAGGACACUGUUUAUUCUUGGGAAGAUCUUUCUGGGCAAGUUAGUUCACAUGAAAUAGAAUUAUGUGAUGAAAACAAUUUUAUUUCUUUAAGUUAGUUGUAUGACUGCUGCAUCAUCCUCAUUCCUGUUGACCGCGUGUGGGGCAUAGGGAAGCAACCACACCCUCUCUAUCAUACUCCGUUCUGGACAAUUCCUCCAAGUUUAGCCCACAUCAUUCCACUGAUUCUGCUUCACUGACUGUUGAACCCUUCCAUGUUUGUUUAGCCCUCUCUACUUUUCUCUGUUCUUGUGUAUUCCAAUCUAGUGCCUGUCAGGUGAUGUUGCUAGUUGUUUACUCAGGGUGUAUCCAGUCCAUCCCCAUUUUCACUUUGGUAUUUCAUUGCCAACAUGGUCUUGUCCAGUUUUUCUCCAUACUUCGGCAUUGGUAAUUUUUUCCAGCCACCUGAUAUUCAAUAAGCAGCAGAGGCAUGUGUUAAUAAAAGUAUGAAGUAUGUUAUUAUUAGUUUGUGUUACUCUCGACAUCUCAGAACUAUAGCUGUUAAACAGUCGUGUUUUGGAAAGUGUGGACAGUAAUCUCUACGACCAUGUUGUGUGGAGGGUGUUGAAUGCAUACCUGGCCUUGCUGAGACAGCUUUUAAUGCCCUCAUCUGCUCCUACAUCCUUGCUUACCACACUCCCUAGAUAUGUGAAGCAAUCCACCUCCGCAAUAGUUAUUUCUUGUAUUGCAAGUCGGAGCUCCUUUUUUUUUUGUUAAUCCUUAUCACCUCUGUAUGACUACUGUAUUAAUACUGCUGCAACUAUUUAAAAUUAAGCCCUAGGGGAAUUUUUUUAAUUGUUUUCAUUUUGUUUUCUUUAAAACUGUUGUGUACGUUUAGUGACAGUUACCCUGAUCUUAGAAAUAUGUUGUCACUACCAUAAAUGUUCAAAGCAUAAUUUAUGCUGUAAUGCUCAAGUUCAAACUUUAUCAUAUGAUAUAUGUAAAGUAUAAAGUGCUAAAUGUGUUUGAACAUACAUAUAUAUCCUUUGCAAUAAAGAUUAAAAGCCUCUGGUAAAAUACAUUGUAAUUCAUUGACACACAGGUUCAACAUAUAAUCUUUUUGUAAGAUUUUAAUUG